AUGCCAGCGAAAAACGAAAAUCCUCUGCAGUCUGUUAAGGAGGAUACUGGAACUGGCAAGACCCAAGGUGCUUUCUGGCUUCAGUCUCUUGUCAAUGAUGCAUUCCAUGGCAAAGGAUUUCAUAAAAUAGAAGAAUAUCUGCAGCAGAAAGAGAGUCACAUGCCUCAAAAAUACAACCAUCUCCUCCUACACCAUCUUGAUAGAUUGAUAAAUAAGGAACUGGAUAAAAAUGAGUUCUGGAAUUGUUCCCUGCUGCUGAAAUGUAUCCAGAGAUUCUUCAAAGAUGACCCAGACCAAGAGGAGCCCUUGCUAAUUCAGCAGGGACUGAUCCCAAAGAUGGUUUCCUGGUUUGAAACAGUCACAGGAUUUCUGAUGACAAACGUCAUGGCCUCAGAUGCACUGCUGACUACUGCCCUGGGAGACUUCCUGGACACCGCCCUGGUCAUUUCCAGGCACAGCAGGAAAGGGACAAUCCAGAUGUUGGAUUCCUUCAUAUGUAAUUUAGGAUUCCUGGUAGUAGAAGGCACCGUGAAGCCCUCCAUUCAGCAGGAGGCUCUGAGUACUUUGAACUGCAUCUUGGACGCCGUGCCCCGGGAAGAGAGAAGGAAGCUCUCCUCAGCAGAAGGCACGCGCAGUCUUAUGAAAGAAUUGGCAAGGACAAUCUUGACUGUGGGAGAUUACAGUCAGCAGGUUGCUCUAGCUGAGGCAUUGUGUAGAAUGGCCACUGGCACACUGAGGAAUGAACUUGCUCUUCAGUGGUUUGAUGAUGCCGUCCUGGCUGAAGCUUUCCAAGAAAUUAAGAACCGGGAAUUUGAGACGGACUGUCGACAGUUUCUCAAUUUCCUGAAUAACAGACUCGGUGACAGGAGAAGGGUCUACUCAUUCCCGUGCUUAGCUGCUUUUGCUGAUGCGCAGGAGAUGAGAAAGCCAGCAGACGAAAAAUUAGAGGUUUGGAUUGAUUUCAACCUAGGAAGCCAAAGCGUGACUUUUUACAUAGAUAAUAGAGAGAGUGCUCUGUGGGAGCCCGUACAACUUGUGAAGGAGGCAGUGGCCAAGUUCAGCAUAAUGGAAAAUGAUAGGAUGAAGAUGUUCAUUGUUUACCUGAAAGAGUCGAUUAUUAUCAGCAAGAAAGAAGCCAAGACAAUAGAAAUCCACUUUGAUAGGCAACUUGGCAUAUCAGAAGCUUCCGUUCGAGCUUUGGGAGAAGACAAACAGGUGACUUCCUUUCAGACUCCUGUUUUGAUAAAAGUCUCCCCUGGCCUUGAAAAAGAAGAUGGUGAGAUUCUUAGCCAUGAAAGAAAAACAGAGCAUACAGAAGAAUCUACAAUCCUGCUAGAGUCCGUGGAUGCUGAAGAUGACCGUUGCCUAAUAACCCGCAGCUUUAAUGUUCAGUCACAGCCUGCUGUGAGUAAAGGGAGCUGGGAAAAGAAGCAAACACAUACAGAAGACCGUUCACCUGAAAAACCCAAACCACCUAACCUUAAUCAAGAAGUUACCUCAAAACACGAGUAUCCUUCAGAUGUGCAAGAACCAUCAAUUCAAACUCGGGCUUCUAAAGUAAAUGAUACAAAGGAUGAUUCUGCCUUUGAGAGGGAUGGAGAACAAGACAGAAGGAUGCCGUUUAAUUAUAGGAAACAUCACUUCUCUGAGAGUAGUGAAGAUUCAAGUUCAAGCACCAGUGAACGACCUUGGACCCAGGAUUACAAACGGAAAUCCCUACGAACAUAUUCCCAUGGGAGGAAGCUGAGAGUCAGGUCUCUAAGGAUCCUACCGCUUUCCCCCGUCAGUGGUGGCAGAGCUGGGGAGAAAGAUCAGGCUGAGCUAACACCAGUUUGGAAAGGCAUCUCCAGGCAAAAUGAUACCAUUCUUCCAAACUUUUCUGAAACCAAACUACAAAGCAGUUCUGUGCUUUUAACUCCUGAGGCAUCUACACAGAAAAUAGAGACACCAGAUGGAAGUAUUGCUGGCCCAAAGCAAUCAAGAUUAGAAGAUGCUCCAGGAUCCCCCAUUGUGACAGGUAUUUCUACUUCAUCUCAAGAAGAUGUGCCAGAAAAUGCAAUGAGUUCCGCUUUAAAAACAGCCCUUGAACACUUCACUAGAGAUCUGAAAAGAAAAUUUGAGCUCAAACAGAAGGAGAUUCCACUUUCUUCGGAGAAGGCAAAGGAAGUGCCAGGCUGCCUAGUCAGACUUUGGAACCAGAUAUACACGUGCAGGCUGAACAAGCUGGAGAGCUUUCACAGUUCUGUUCUUCAGGAGCUGAGCAACUUGGAGAAGGAUCUUCAGGCUCUCAAAUACCUCGAAGAGGAUGCUGUGGAGUUUUGGGAGAAACAGUCAGCUGACUUGCAAUCGUUCUGUGAUCAGUAA